AUGGUCUACCGUCCACACGAUAUCUGCUCGGCGGCCUUUUUGAACGACACCCAGCGCGUCCGCCUGCUGGCAACCCGCGAGGCACCCGGGGGGGUGAUCGACAACGACGAGGACCCCUUGGAGGACGCGGAGGAGGAGGCCAUCGACGCCGACCCCGAGAUGCUCAGCCUCCUCGCCCAGUACGAGCUCGGGGACGUCUCCGAGGAGGACGAGGAAGGGGGGGACCACGCCGGGGCCGAGGACGACGUGGAGCGGCAACACGCCGAUCUGGCGCUCUUCCGCCGCAUCGUCCGGCGGCAGCGGCGGGAGGCCGCCCUGGCCCGCGCGGUGGACCCCCCGGGCCUCCUCCAGGUCGGCCCCAACCCCGUCGCGCUCACCUCCCACGGCCUCUUCUUCCGCUGUGCGGAGUCCCAGGCCGGGGACAGGGAGGGGCCCCCCCAAGCGGACAACGAUGGAAUCGCCCGGACAACAGGCGAAACGGCCCUUCCGCUGCGGGUGAGCUGGCGGCCCAGCAAACGCAGCCCGAUCCGGGCCUCGCCACUCCACUGGGCCGUGCUUGGCCGCGCGCACGCGGCGAUUCGGCUGCUGGUCGAGCUCGGCGCCGACGCUCGACAGGAGAUUCGCCAUGACGUCGGGUACGGAGGGGGGGCGGUGAGCGGGAUCGCCCCGGAGGCCUUGGCCAUCGCGAAUCACUCGCGGGAGACGUUGAAGGUCCUGCGGGAGGCCGUGACCGCGCGGAACCUGCUGCUCGAGCGGCGUAGCGAGGAGAAACAAAGCAUCGAAUGCCGUCUUGAGCAGCGAAAGGCGCGGAGGGAAAAGGAGAGGCUAUCGAGGGAACAGCGUCGAACACAGGAAGAGGAGCUCGAGGAGAGUGCUUACAGUGGCAUUGGGGAAUCGGUGGACCAAGAACAGGACUACAACUCAUAA